GCUGCCCAAGCGCUAUGGUGCAGGGAUAGCUGCCGUCUUCAGUCAAACCAAAGCAGGCUCUACAAAGAGAAGGCUGACUCUAGACAGCAACCUUACUGAAAUGGGACACUUUGGAAACCGUAUUUCAUGUGCCAAAGAGGAGACUGCCUGAAUACUGAGUAUUCUCCUGAAUUGAUGUUCGCAAACACCCUGAUUUCUUCUAUGGCUGCUUUUUGCAUCAAAAAGAUUUCUGUUGUGGAUGGAAAAUAAUGCUUCUGAAGGAAAAGGGACCACUUAAAUCUCCAGUGGAAGUUGACGCGUGCUGAAGUGGACUGCAUUUUCAUGGGAGAACUACUACAGGAGCUGCAGCUUUCAGCAAACCAUCUGGGCUCAGCCCUAUUGCAGAGAAACAUGUGAACCUAAAAGUCUAUAACUGAGUACUUCAGAUUAUAUUGUGUGUUGUCUUGAUGAAAAUAACUUGUCUAUUGCAUGAGAGCAGGCCAGUAGAGAUCCAGAAGGAAAAGUGAAGUUAAAAUUGGUUCUCUUUUCACAACUGAAUUUUCAGCAGCCAGUCAGUCAAUCAAACUUAAUUUCUGUCACACAUCCCUCCCCUUGAGGGAUUUUUAUUUUUUUAUUAUUUUUUUUUAUAUUUUUUUAGUAAAGUCACACAACUUUUCUUUAGAUUUACAGGAAUAUAAUGUUGAAGUCUAGUAACUGAAUGCAGAAAGAAAUAGUCCUUGUAGAAGUAAAAACAAAAACCCAAAAGCCACCAAACAACUUUUCAGUGCCAUGCAACUUUGCCGAUAUCCUGUCUUUCAGGAAUUACAUGAAUGAUAGCCUGAGAACAGAUGUCUUUGUAAGAUUCCAGCCAGAAAGCAUUGCCUGUGCAUGUAUUUACCUCGCAGCUAGGACGCUGGAGAUUCCACUUCCUAAUCGUCCACACUGGUUUUUACUCUUUGGAGCAACAGAGGAGGAAAUUCAAGAAAUCUGCUUAAAAAUUUUGCAACUCUAUACUCGGAAAAAGGUUGAUUUAUCUGACCUGGAAAGUAAAGUAGAAAAGAAGAAAUUGGCUAUCGAAGAGGCAAAAGCACAAGCUAAAGGUCUAGUACCUGAGGGAGCCCCAAGUUUGGAUAACACAUCAGGAUUUUCCCCGAUCCCGAAAAAUGAGUCUCCAAAAGAGGUUAAAGGAAAUAAACCUUCACCGCUACCUGUUCAGGCAAUGAAGAAUGCUAAGAGGAAAACAGAGGGAGCAAAAAGAAUGAGUUCAAAUAGCCCAGUAAACGGCGUUCAGAAAGGAAGAGAAAGCAGAAGUCGAAGUGGAAGUAGAGAUCAAAGUUAUUCAAGAUCUCCAUCCAGAUCCGCAUCCCCUAAGCACAGGAAAAGUGAAAGUUACUCCACAUCAAGCGGCUCCAAAUCCCACAGCCGUUCUAGGAGCCGCAGUGACUCUCCUCCAAGACAGUUCAACCACAGUUCUAGCUACAAAGGUUCCAAGGUGAGAAGUUACAAGAAAUCAAAAGACUACAAGUACUCAACGCACAAACCACGGAAAUCACGCAGCAGGAGUUCAUCACGUUCCAGGAGCCGAUCCCGGGAGCGCUCUGACCAUUCGGGGAAGUACAAGAAGAAGAGUCACUACUAUAGAAAUCACAGGCAUGAGCGUUCACGCUCCUAUGAGCGAGCAAGUCAUCGCUAUGACCGAGACCAUCCUGGCCACAGUAGGCAUAGGCGAUGAAUAAAGUAAAAAGUUCUUUCCUUUGGAAUUUAAGCAGUGGAGCUCUUCCCCAUUUGGUCUUCGCGGCAUAGGGUUAACCUGGCUUGUAAACCACCUAGCUUGAGUAAUGUCCAUUUUGCUGGCAGUUCUGUACUUACUAUCAUGAAUCCAAAGGAAAGAUACUAACAAAACAGGAUGAUGUGAAAGACUUAAUCUGAUAAAUGUCUUGGUGACUGUUCUGCUGGAGCGUCACCUAAUAACACUGCAGAACUUGUCUCUGGAUGCUCCUAUGCCUGCUCUUUAGUAAUUUGCAUACCGUAGUGCAGUGGAGUGUUAUUUGGGACUUCCAGUUCUGCAAGCAGGACCUCCAUUGCUCAGUAGUCGGAAUACUGUGCUGAACAGUCCUUCCCUGUGGAACUAGAAGGCUCAAGACAGUUCAUAAAAACCAUUGGAGUGGCUUGGUGCUAACAAAGCUGUCUUUUCAUACUGACUCAAUUAUGUUGUACAAAUGUAAGGUGACUUUUUUAGAACUGUUGCCUAUAUUAGGUUAUACAUGUGUAUAUAUAUUUUGCAGUGUUACAGUACAGUAUGGGAGUAUGGCCUUACUAGCCUUUACACUUUAUCCACAAUGUAAAUAAGCAUUUGUUUAAUACAGGUGGAAGAUAUAUACAGAAAAUUCAAAACUUGAAUUCUAUCAAAAGACUUGUGUAGAAAAUUCUGAUAAAUGUGAAAGUAUUUAGCUCUGUGUAUUGAGAGUAGUAUAUUUUUAUCUGUGCAAUGCUGUGUGCAGGCCACCAGCUCAUAAGACAUUUCCUAUAUAUUCAUUUUAAGUGGUUUGAAAUUCUUUACUCAGGAUCUUUGACACUGAAGAAUUAGUAGUUUGUCAAUCUGCAUGCUUGUCGAAGAACAGAGCAUUUAAAAAAAAAAAAAAAAAAAAGCAAAAACUCCACAGCCCAGUAGUAUCAGUUCUAGUGGUAUAUCUGAGCUGUUACUCUCAUGCUCCCUAAUUUCAUUAAAGUAUUUGAUUUUCUAU